AGGAAAAAGAGGACAUGGAACAUUUGGAAGCGUACAACCGGAAACUCUUGGCGAACAUAUUGCCUGUUCAUGUGGCGGAACAUUUUUUGAACAGCGAGAAAAACAACGAUGAACUAUACCAUGAACAAUGCGACUUCGUGUGUAUCAUGUUCGCCUCGAUUCCCAACUUCUCGGAAUUCUAUGUCGAACUCGAAGGCAACAACGAAGGGGUGGAGUGUUUGCGACUCCUCAACGAAAUCAUCGCAGAUUUCGAUGAGCUGUUAUCGGAGGACCAAUUCAAAUACAUCGAAAAAAUCAAAUCGACUGGAGCCACAUAUAUGGCUGCGUCAGGGUUAACGCAAAACACUUGUGAUAUGCUCGAAUACAAACACGUGACGGCCAUGGCUGACUACGCUCUCAGGCUGAAGGAGCUGCUGGAGGAGGUAAACGAACACUCGUUCAACCACUUCCGCAUUAGGAUCGGCAUCAAUGUGGGCCCCGUGGUGGCGGGGGUCAUUGGGGCCAGAAAGCCCCAGUAUGAUAUCUGGGGGAAUGCUGUCAACGUCGCCAGCAGGAUGGACAGUACUGGAAUCUGCGACAAGAUCCAG